AUUUACAAAAAAAAAUAUGUUUUAUUUAUUUCAAAGUUUUAAUUACAUUUUAACCGAGUUAAACCCUCGUCAUAUGAAUUGUAUAAAUACAUAAUAAUUUUAUUACAAAAGAACUAUGUGAAGUAAUUUAUUGAAGUUGAUAACUUGUUGAUCUUAUAUUUAAGGUCUUAAACUUAGUUAUUCGUUUAAUUGUGAAUAAAAGACACAAUGGUGGAGCCUGAGAAGCCGUUCGCGUGUACCAUAGCUGAUUGUGGACAGACAUUCACAAAUGAGGAUCACUUACAUGUGCAUACGAAGAAACAUGAUAUGAUGUUGCAGUUUGGACAGGAGCAGAAAGCUGCUUUUGUUGAUCAGACCCCUACUCCGACGCGGUUCAUCAGAAACUGUGAAGAGGUGGGGUUAUUCCUGGACCUGCAGAGUGAGGAGAACCCCUUCGAUGAGGGAUUCAAGAGGGCUAUGGAGUCGGUCAAGCAUGGCUUACCACCCAUGGAGUCAUCAGCAAUUGCACCAUCGACCGACGACCUUCACACACCGCAGAUGGUGUUCCCCUUAACCGACCAUGCAGACUCAGCGCUGUACAGUACCACCAACAACCAGAGUAAUAUCACAAUUAGCAGAUCAUCCAGCGAUGAAUCGGGGGUUAUCAAAGAAUACGAGACCACAACAAUAUCGAAACUUACAAAUGAAGUGACCACAAUCAGCCGAAGAGUUGAGAAGCACGAUGUAGACAAACCACACGACGAAGUCAGACAUACAGACAGAAAUAAAGAUAUACUAAACGAAACGGUGUCAUACACGAAUAACAUAAUAAAAAUUACCAAAGACGUCGAAACGAGCAAGAAUGGACCAAUGGCUGUAACAGAUUCAGUUAUAAAAGACACUAAUAAUGUUACUAAGGACGUAUCGUUCAACGAACCAACGAAAUACAUGACAAUACCACCUAUGAUGAGUCAGAAAUCAUACGAUUUCGUCGUAGACAGCCUCACAUCAGAUAUAUGCAAGAAUGAUCAGACCAUAGACAAUAAAACUAGAAAAGUAGCACAGACUAAAUCUCAAAUAGACAAGAAUAUAGAAGAGUAUUCGGUAACAAUCACGUUACCCGGUGGUAAGCAAAUUCGGAUGAAAUCUGUUGACGGUAACAGUCCAGAGAAUAGGACUGUAUUGCAAACUGAUACGAAAGAGAAACUUAAGAAGGCUAUAGCAAAUAAACAAACAAAUAUACCCAUAAUGCAGAAUAUACCUGUGACAAAUCAAUUACCAAUUACAGCAGCUACUUUGAUACCAGUGACUAUAUUGAAUUCAGCGCAUAUUAACAAAAUACCAAUAGCACCAUUAAAUGUUAAUAGAGAAGUUAUGAAGCCCAUUAAGAGAAGAAGGGCUCUGGAUAGUGCGAGUGUUGCAAGUAAUGAUUGUGUGGUGGUGACUGAUGGGAAACUGAAGAAGCAGUUGACUGAAGUCGAUUUAGAUUGUAGAGUAGCGGCAUCCAGACGGUAUAGGCAGCGGUUAAAAAAGUCAAUGGAGAUGCAAGAGAUAGAGAUGAAAGAGUUGAGAGAGAAGAACAAAGCACUGACAACUGAGAAUGCCACGCUCAAAGUACUAAUCACUGAACAUUUGAAGUCAUGCUCUCAUGCUGAUGAUCUCAGAAUAAUUCAAGAGAAGAUAACGCCGAAUUCCAGAUGUAACUUAUGAUUUUCAUAAAAAUAAUACUCCUUAAGACUGCAAUCCUAAAUGGGGUAGACAGAUAGCAAAAAUGCUCAUUAAAGUACAAAUUUCGGUGCAUGUUACAUAGUGUGAGAUGUGUGUAUGUCUUUUGAAAAGUUCUCCAGACUUCUGUAGCGCGGUGGUUAUCACCUCAUCACUGUAGUGUUAUAUAUGUUGUGAUGAGGUGUCGCUACAUAAUGUUUAUUGUAGUUUAAGGAGCUGUACGCCCCUUUAGGGUUACGGGGAGGUGUGUGUACACGCCCCUUUAGGGUUACGGAGGGCAGAUAUGUUUCG